GAACCCGUCGCGAGCAGCGUUGCGUCCGUAUGGCUCUGUUUCUUUCACUGGCGUUGUGUGUUGCUCAGUUGUUUUCUUACAGACUUUCAUUGGGGAAGUACCGUCAACAAAUCCAGAGUAUAGAGUAAAUUUUGCCAUCUGUUUCAAAAGUAAACUUAAUAUCGCAAGUAGACUGCCUUACAAAUUUAGGUAAAAGGUGCUGAACAUCAAAAUUAAAUUUGCAAGGAGAUCAGUCUGCUUGCAGUUUUGCGCACCGCCUACUUAAGUCGCGUUACGCCACUAUUGAGAUCGCCGCGUCCAGACCGCACCAUGGCCGACUCUGCAGACGCGCUGCAGACAGCGCGGACGGGCGUGGAUGUGCGUCUAGAUGAGCGCAAGAUGUAUGUUGUCGAGUGGGCGGACGGCGCGGCCUUCGGCUUCACUGUGACACCCGUGCAAUCGGACCGAGGCACUGUCCUAUGCCUCGCUCGCCGCACGGCUAGCAGCGCCACCGCCGGACUGCAGGAUGUUGUGCCAGGUGACAUGCUGAUUGCCAUCGGAGAAGAGAAGGUCUACCAUCUGGGCGCUGGCAACGCCACCAAGCUGCUGCGCUCCGUACAGAAGCCCGUGCGACUGACGUUGCAGCUAUCGCCCUACGGUGCGGCCGCAAAAGACUUACCAGACCUCGCCCCCAACGAGUACACGUACUUAUGGGAGUCUGGACCGCUAGGAAUCGUGUUGACAACCGACCCGAAGAGUAAAUUGCCGCUGGUUAAGAGAUUCACGGGCAAGGCGGACAGUCCAGCGCUCGAGAGAGACGUGAACAUCGGAGAUGAGCUGGUGUACGUGAACCAGACACCAACGUGCGACCACUCGAUCUCGGCCAUUAUCAACAUUAUCAAGGAGUUGCCCAAGCCUAUUACGCUGCGGUUCAGGAAGCCUCUGGCAGAGGAGCUGCAGAUGGAGUUGCCAGAGCUGGGAGAAGGAGAGUACGACUUUUUGUGGGACUACGGGUCACUCGGACUAGUGGUAGGCACCUCAGCGGAAGGGUUGCCUUAUGUUCGGUCCUUUACAUGCAAGGGAACGUCAAAGCAGCUUGCACAAGUGCAAGAGAACGACGAGAUUAUUCUCGUCAACAACAGAUCGGCCCAGGAGUACGGCUUCCACGAGACGAUGCAGUACAUUAUGAACGUACCUAAGCCUGCAGUGAUCCGAUUCCGUCGGCCUCCUGCGAACAGAGCAAAGGCAAAAUCACCUCCGAAACUAACGGAGAGUGCGUCGUUGCCCAUUGCGCCAAUGGCAGCAAUGAGUCUUGCCACACCUCAGCGAGCGUCGUCACCCAUGCGCUCUGUCAGCAACGCAGCUGCACCAGUACAAAGCCACUCUUCAGCGCGUAGCAACUCUGCAGCCAGCGAACACGAUUCUCCUGGGCUGCUUGGAUACCGGAGUGCACGCAGCAACAGUUCCUUCACCAUGUCGCGCCACCAACACUCGAGUAAGUACCAAAACCAGUCUCAACAGUCUGUGCAAACGGCUGAGGACUUGACGUUUGGUCAAACCUCGUCAGGCCAGAGCUACGGAGACAAUGGAUAUCAGUCACACUCGCCGUAUCACUCGGCGCCAUUGCAGCAACAGCAAUCGUUCCAGCAAUCACCGCCGCAACAGCAGCUCUACCAACAGUCGUCGUUCCAGCAAUCGUAUCAGCAGCCCCAGGCUGCUCCUCCCAUGGAGGAAGAGGAGUUCUUUGAGAUCGAUUCCAACGCGUACUACCAGAUCCAGUGGACGGAUGGGCCGUUCGGCUUUACUGUGCGCGAAGCGCAGUCGAAACAGGGAUCUGUAGUCCUCAUUACCAAACGCACCGGCAAGAGCACGUGUGCUGGUCUACGGCGUGUGGCCGUGGGCGAUAUCCUCAUCAAGAUCGGGGACAAGGACGUCCGUCAGCUGGGCUUCGAGCGAUCGACCAUGCACUUACGCAACGUUUCCAAGCCAGUGGUGCUGACGUUCCAAGCCAUCGAUUAGCAGGAAGUAAAAAGAGAGUCGCCAAGGGCAGCGCCUGCACAUAUUUGUUGAAGUUGACAUUGUCAUUCGCUAUCAAAAUAUGGCUACACUCUGCCAA